UCUCUCUCUCUCUCUCUCUCUCAGAAAGUCGUAGCAUAAAUGAUUAGAAAAUUCCGUUGGCGGUAGUUACGCUGACUCCGCCCACUUCCACCACCAUCCUCGUCGCUCUCACCAAUCCUUUUCUUUUACAUCACACACACAUUUAUUCAAACACAUACACUACACUCCAAAACUAAACCAAAACUCCACACAUAAACAAAGAGACUCAGCCUUUUAGUGAGAAAACACACACUCACUCACUCACUCUCUCUCUCUCUCUCUCUCCCCUCUAUAUAUAUAUACAUAUGUAAAUUGUAAUCCUCCUCCUCUCUCCACCUGGAAACCGUUUGUUUGCAUUUGUCACCUAUUUUUCUUCUCUACUUUCUCAGUCACCAAACAGAGUUAGAAGAAACAGAGCAUUAAUAGUGAUGACUUGCAUGGCAUUGUUUAUGAUGGCUUUGUUGGUUGUAUCAAUGGUAUUGGUGAGCUCUGUGAACGCUCGAUUCGUGGUGCAGAAGAGCAACAUCAGAAUUCUAUCUCCUCAUAAUCUUCGCUCUUCCAACCACGUCGGUGCCAUGGCGAACUUCGGAGUGCCUAACUAUGGAGGAUCCAUGGUGGGCUCUAUUGUUUACCCUGAAAAGGGCUAUCUUGGUUGUAAUCCCUUCGAUGGUCAUGAACCCUUCAAGUCAAAGUCUCAUCGUCCCACUAUUCUUCUUCUCGAUCGUGGAGAUUGCUACUUUGCCUUAAAGGUAUGGAAUGGGGAACAGGCAGGUGCUGCAGCAGUUUUGGUGGCUGAUAGCACAAACGAGCCCCUAAUAACUAUGGAUUCUCCCGAGGAGAGCUCUCAUGCAGUCGGAUACAUAGAGAAGAUUGGAAUUCCAUCAGCUUUAAUAGAAAAGUCCUUUGCUGAGACCUUAAAAACUGCAUUGACGAAAGGUGAAGAUGUUACGAUAAAAUUAGACUGGUCAGAGUCAAUGCCCCACCCAGAUGAGAGGGUCGAGUAUGAGUUGUGGACUAACAGCAACGAUGAAUGUGGAAGUCUUUGUGAUAAGCAGAUGAAUUUCAUUAAAAAUUUUAAAGGCCAUGCUCAGAUUCUGGAGAAGGGUGGUUAUACCCAGUUCACACCACGCUAUAUAACUUGGUUUUGUCCUCGGCCUUUCUUGCUUAGCAGUCAGUGCAAGUCACAAUGCAUAAACCGUGGAAGGUACUGUGCGCCUGAUCCAGAGCAGGAUUUUAAAGAGGGCUAUCAAGGGAAGGAUGUGGUAAUUGAGAACUUGAGGCAGCUUUGUGUGCAUAGAGUUGCCAAUGAGAGCAACAACUCAUGGGUUUGGUGGGAUUAUGUGACAGAUUUCCAUAUCAGGUGUUCCAUGAAGAAGAAGAAGAGAUACAGCAAAGAAUGUGCUGAAGAAGUCAUGAAAUCGCUUGAUCUGCCAAUUGAGGAGAUAAAGAAAUGCAUGGGCAAUCCAGAAGCUGAUGUAGAAAACGACGUCCUAAAAAUGGAGCAAGAUCUCCAGGUUGGCCGAGGAUCUCGUGGUGACAUUACGUUCUUGCCAACAUUGGUUAUAAACAAUGUUCAGUACCGAGGAAAAUUGGACAGGACUGCGGUUCUGAAGGGCAUAUGUGCUGGAUUCAAGGAGACUACUGAGCCUUCAAUUUGUUUGAGUAGAGAUCUUGAGACCAAUGAGUGCCUCAAAAGGAAUGGUGGCUGUUGGCAGGACAAACAACAUAAUAUAACUGCGUGUAAGGACACAUUUAGGGGAAGAGUUUGUGAGUGCCCUUUGCUGAAUGGUGUGCAGUAUAAAGGAGAUGGUUACACAUCUUGUCAAGCUGUGGGACCUGGAAGGUGCACAAUAAACAACGGAGGUUGCUGGUCAGAAACUAGAAAUGGAAAAACAUUCUCAGCUUGCUCAGAAUCUCAUCUAACCGGCUGUCAAUGUCCGCAUGGUUUUCGUGGGGAUGGUCAUACAUGUAAAGAUGUUGAUGAAUGCAAGGAAGGUCUAGCCUGCAAGUGUGAUGGCUGCACAUGUAAGGACACAUGGGGUGGAUAUGACUGCAAGUGUAAGGGGAGCAAGCUGUAUAUAACGAAUCAUGACACAUGUAUUGAACGAAACUCAUCGAAAUUUGGAUUGUUCCUUAUCUUCUUGGUCCUGGCGGUUGUCAUGAGUGGUGGUAUUGCUGGUUAUAUAUUCUACAAGUACAGGCUCCGGUCUUAUAUGGACUCGGAGAUCAUGGCUAUUAUGUCACAGUACAUGCCACUUGACAGCCAUCAAAAUAGUCGUGUCGUCCACCAUGAAGCUGAACCUCUACGACAAGGUUGAACAGUGUAAGGUCUGCUGAAGGAAAAGCUUCCACAAGAGGGAUGGAUUUUGCCAGUUGUGAAUUUUCUGAUCUAUCUAAAACCUCUGGCAACAAAGACAUUGUGACAUAUUCAUAUAAAGAAAUCUCUUCAGAAGAAACAUCUUUUCUUUCUUUCCUUUUUAAUUUGUUUUUUAAAUUUUUUUAUUAGUAUUUUUUUUUUUUUUUUUUUUUUUUUUUUUUUUUUGUAGAUGAAAUGACUCAGAUGUAAACGGAGACUUGUAGUUGAGAAGUUCAUUUAUAAAAAAAUAAAAGAAUGUUUGAGGAGCCA